UUAGUAGUUAAUAAUAUGAGACAAGACUCUACUUACAUUUUUUGAAAGUGCAUCCUGACUGUAUGAGGGGUUUAAAAACAUAAAACAAUGUUUUAUUCAAUUUCUACUCAGGAUUUAAAUCACUAAGAUGGGUUUCAUGACAUUACAAUAGUGGAAGCACACACACAGAUGCCAAUUUCAUGGAUUAUGGUGGCCAGUUGUUGAUUGACUUCAGAUGAAAUCACCUCUGGGUGUCUGUUCUCAUACCCAUGUGUGAGCCGUGACAAAUUAACCUGAUUCUACAUCUGUAGUUGUCCUCAGCAUCUGGAUGUUAAAGGUCUAUUGGCUAACAUGGGAGUGGCCCCCCGUGGUUACUGUGGAGACAGACUCCCGGUUAGGGUGGGGUUGGGGGGUGUUUGUGACUGCUCAGGCCAUGUUAACAGAUAAGAACAAGAUUGUGGCCUAUCUGAGUUGCACCAGCGUGUAGCAAGUCUCUGACACCUUAUCUGCCACCCAAAUAAAUGGACAUUUCUGUUCAUUUAUGAUGAUUUCACAGAAAUGAGGUCGCUGUGGCCAGCUAGACAUGAAGGGAACUGGAAACUGCCCUUUAGAGCUCUUAUGAAACACAAGUAUUCACCUGAUCUAACUGAUUUGGGAUCAUUUAAACAUAAUGGUUCUUGAGUGCUGGCAUAAAGUGUGUGCAGAGUCAGUUCUUCGAGAACAAUCCUGCUAUAUCAGCAUCUUCUCCUUAAGCAAAGCACUUAACAAGUAGCUCAAUUGUGACUUACUCUUCAAGUAGUUUACUGUAAAUUAACUUAAAAACACUUAAUGAUGAAGACACUAGAUCAGGACCUUUCAGGCUUUUUUCAGGCCAAGGGCUCCUUGGUUUAGGAGCAGAAACCCCUGUUACAUAAUAUAUAAAACUGUUACAUUUUAAGUCGGGUAUAUAAAAUGCAAGUAUACCAUUUUAAUGUGUUUAUAAAAUAAAAUAUAAUUUAAUAACAUAAUAUUAAUAAAAAUUAAAAUAUAAACAAAAUUAUUCAGGGAGGUAAAGAAUAUGAACAUGACUGAUGACUUUGAUGUUGGCUGUACUUUCAUCAAAGGUUAUUAUGUCCAGGCCUCACUCAGAGAAAGCCCUUAGCAAAUAACCUGAAACCAGAUUUAAUGCACAAUUUUAACAUUCAAGAUUCAAAAUUAUCUGCUGAAUUUUGACAGAUUGACCAAGGGCCAAUAAAUAGUGCCAAAGACUUCCUGCAGUAAUGAGGGGGCAAACUGCUGGGGCGAUUAACACUUAUAUGCGUGUGUGUGUGUCUGUAUGGGUUUGGAGGAAGUGUUAGGGAACCCUUGGCCUCUAAAGUAAGAUGCACCCCCCUUUCCCUCAGAUCCGAAGAUUGUUGUUUCUACACACCUUUGUGGGCAGGCUGGAGCACAAACUGGGAACUCGGAGAGGCAAAGAGACAGAUCAAAGACUAGACUGAUGUUUUGACAGAAGUGCACAUACACACCUCUGUCCUCUUUGAAGUUAUGGAAAGGUAGCAACCCAAGGAUAGUCCUAGCAGGUCAAUUGGCUUUGGAAGCUACAAACCUCGGGACGAGUCACUUUAGUUUGUUGCUCCAGUCUCAUGGUCAUGUAUCUCCCAGAAGAACGGCCUGUGCUGGAUUUACCUUACAAAAUGAAUCAUUUGGCUAAUAACUACGAAUAUUAUCCACAAGACUGUAAGGAACUCACUUGCUGGACUCAACAUGGCCUCAAUGGCAGGAUGAACAGUCCUGUAGCUGAACUGACCUCACUGCCAGUUCAUGUAUCACUGCAAGACCGAGAGCUUUGGGACAAAUUCAGCAGUACUGGCACAGAGAUGCUGAUUACUAAAUCUGGCAGGCGGAUGUUUCCCAGCUGCAAAGUAACAGUGACUAAUCCAAUAGUCAAGUAUGUGGUGAUAAUGGACAUGGUGCCGUUUGAUAACCACAAGUACAAGUGGAAUAAGGAUCUUUGGGAAGUGAAUGGUUCAAGUGAUCCACAUUUACCCAAUCGGUUCUUCAUCCAUCCAGACUCUCCUGCGCCUGGAGAGAAAUGGAUGCAGUAUCCAAUCUCCUUUCACAAGCUCAAACUGACCAAUAACACCCUCAACUCUAAUGGCCUGGUGGUUCUCCACUCCAUGCACAAAUACCAGCCCCGUCUACACAUUGUCCAAUCUCCAGACCCCUGUUACCCUCAGAACCCUGGCAGUUACCUGCGCUUCACCUUCCCUGAAGCCGCUUUUAUAGCUGUCACAGCCUACCAGAACCAGGAGAUCACAAAACUCAAGAUUGACAACAACCCCUUUGCCAAAGGCUUUCGUGACAAUGGGCUGAAUAGGAAAAGGUUUAGAGACAAAGAGAGCCAAGAGACCAAGGAUUCAGAUGGACAGGUCAAACAGGAGUUGACACCAAUGCGACAGUCACAGAAAGAUGAGGUGGUGGAUGUGACCGUGUCCAGCUCCGAUGACUGCAGAGGAAUGCUGAAUUCUUCAGAAGUGGCUUCCUCUGUAACCCCCAACCCUUUCAUAUCAGCCUUUGUAAACACUAGCACUGCUGGAGGGCCUUCACCCCAUCAGACACACUCCAUUCUCAGCCUCAAUAACAGACACAUGAACAGUCCCAGAGAAGCCAGACCCUCCAGCCUCCAUAGUUUGUGUGCAGCUCUCCCCGUGGCCCAGAGCUCCUGCAUCCAGUCCUCCACAGGAGACGGCCACCUCAGUACACUGCCAUCUCAGAUCAGCAGCCCUCUAAACCCUCAGCAGCACAAUCACCACAGCAGCCCAGCCUCUCAAACCCCAGGCAGAUCCAUAAUCCAGCUCCAGCCUUAUUUUCAGACCCCUCCCCAUCCCUCACGACAAUGUCCUGACAUGGAGCUGCCCCUCCCUCUGCCUCCUAAACUGAGCCGGAUGCAACUCCCUGGAAGUGCUCUGAGGAACCUGGAGAUGAUCCAAAUCUCCAACUAUGUGAGUCCAAGGCCCCUCACCGACAUCCUUAACAGGAUCCAUUUUCGAGCCUUAGCCUCAGGACCAUCAGGGAAGGUCCUGCAAUAUCCCCCCCAACCUGAGCAGUACCUCCGUGGCUCAGACCGAGAGCUGCAUCCGCAGAUUUAUCCAGCGGUUCAGAAAUACAUUGAUCAGCAGUUCACAUUAAACAGCAUGCUGAACAGCCAGACUGAACACAGAUCACAGAUGGACUUCGUCAGUGCCAGAGCGCUAGCUGAAUACUACUGUGAUCAGCAGACUGGGAAAUGAAGAUUUUCAGGCAUCAUCUAAUUACGACUCAUUUUAUUGCUCAUUUGCAGCAGAGACUGCACUGCUCUGCAUUACUAGAUUACCAAAACACAAAAAACAAAAACACAGAGGGCUUCCCAAUCAAAGAAUGUAAAUAUAAUUUUCAGUGGGAUAUGUGGUUGUUGUUAGCUGUCACUAAUGUCCAUAUUUAUGUUUAGUCUGUUAUUAUCUUUCUGAACUGUACUGUCUAAACUUCCUAUUUGUAAUACUGAAACAAACAUUUCCUUUAAAGCUGCUAUGAAACUAUAUGUAUUGUGAAAGCGCUAUACAAGUUGAAUAGUUUUUUUUCUAAGCCUGUUUUUAAACAAAAAUUAUUUUUAAUCAGAAUGAAAUUAUUUGAACUUCGCUUAAUCCACACAAGUUGUUGCUUAAGCACUCCAUCUCACACAGAACACCCACGCUUCAUUAUCCGUUUCCCACCCUAAUGUUUUUCUCUGAUUAUUCUCUUUCACUAGGAAAUUUACAUUACAGAAGCAAAAUGAACUGUAGACUGUGUAUCGGUCUAGUGUAAAACAGCAAAUAUUUCAUACGGGAAAAAGACAAAUGAAUCAAGAAGGAGUUUAUUGACUGUGAUCAAACAGAUUUCUUAUUGGAUACAUAACUUGUAUACUAUAUAUUCAUUCUACAAGAAGUUAUAGGCAUUAACCAUAUGCACUGCUAUAUAACAUUCUCAGUGUGUGAUUGUUAGCAGUGGAAACAUCACAAAUCUGGACCAAACACACUCAGCUCAGAAACAACAGCUCUAGUUUAGAUUAAGCAUAGAAAAGUUUUUGAAGCCUUAAGUUGAUUUUAGAUGUGUGCAACAUCUUAUAAACAAUGGCUACAUUGUUCCACAGUUCCCUUUUCCCAGUUGAAAGAGAUAUUCAUGUCAUAAUAACAAAUACACUUCAUUUUGAAGAACGAAAAUUGAACAUCAAUUUUAAUGAACUUGUUUCUGACAAACAGAACAUUUUUUUCACAAAUCUUUUUGCCGAAGGGUACUGUAAAAAAAAAAACUUUAUAUUUGGCAUCUGAUUAUGAACAAAAGACCGGAUUAUUUAUGAU